UAGUAAUCAAUAUAAUCAAUUAAUUAAUGGCACAGAGGAGUAUCAGAACGUUUAAAGAUCGUAUUAAAUGGCUGGCGACUAUUCAGGGUGGGGAAUGGUUGAAGGAGAUUAGAGGGAACCUGGCCAUGGUAGCGUCUGUGAUUGCAACUAUGACCUUCCAAAUUGGUCUAAAUCCACCGGGUGGAGUUGUCCAAAACGGUGACAAGGGAUUCAUCAAGUGUCCAACACCCAAGGGGAAUGAUCAAGCAUGUCCUGGACAAUCUGUUUUUGCUUUUGCAGACAAAGAUAUUUUCCGGCAUGGUGACGGCGCCUUCGUAGGUUUCAUUGCUCUCUUUGUAGUUCUGGGCUGUCUGUUUAUUCUCCGCUUGGCUGCGUUGUGUUUUGAGAUAGAGGAUAGGGAAGGUACGCCUACGCCUAGUACGGCGGCGGCUCCAACCACUGAUGAGAGCUGAGCACGUAGCGCGUCACCUGCUUCUUCCUCUGUAUAGUUGUGUCUUGUGACAUUUUAUACUCUUCCAAACAUAUCUUUUGUAAUUAUUCUCCAUCUGUAUGUACUUAUCUUUAGAUUUUGCUAUCAAAUGUGUAUGCUGAGUGUGCUGAUUCAUAUUUGGUGGAAAUAAUACGUCGUUGCUUUGUAUGUUUGAUGUUGUGUUAUAUUUACG